UCCGCUUUCAUUUCUAUAUGUUUCUAAACUCUAAGCCAUAUGUAAUUUACAUAUAUGUUCUAAGCAUAAAAAAGAAGAACAAUUUAUAUAUAACAAAUUUUAAAAAUUAGAGAUGGAUUUACAAUACAAAACAAUUCAUCCUGUGAAAUAUUUACAAGAUCAUCUUGAACAAGGCACUCGGCCGGACGGUAGAAAAUUCUUUUCGUUUAGGCCAGUAAGCGUAAACGUUUCAUCGAUUGUUCAAGCGGACAGUUCAGCGAUAUUUAAAUUGGGUGACACAAGUGUAGUUUGUGGUAUUAAAGCAGAACUAGCAACACCAAGAACAAAUACUCCAGAUCAUGGUUAUAUAGUACCAAAUGUAGAAUUAUCUCCUCUGUGUUCUUCAAAGUUUCGUCCAGGCCCACCGAGCGAACAAGCGCAAGUGCUUUCUAAAUCGAUAGAUAUUAUAUUAAGCCAUUCAAGAGCGCUUGAUUUAAAAGAUCUUUGCAUCUGCAAAAAUAAAUUAGUAUGGGUCUUAUACUGUGAUAUCUUAUGUUUAAAUUACAAUGGCUCAAUUAUAGAUGCGUGUAUUGGAGCAGUGAUUGCAGCUCUUAAAACAUUGACCUUACCUGAAGUAAAUUAUAAUAAUGAAACAGGAAUAAUUGUUGUACAUCCAGAAAAUAAAAAAGCAUUUCCUGUAAGAACACUUCCAGUUUCUGCAUCAUUUGCAAUAUUUGAAAAACAAUUAUUACUAGCUGAUCCUUCAGACGAUGAAGAAGACUUGUCAUCAACAAGAUUUUUUAUUGUGAUGGACAAUGAAGAAGAAAUUUGUUAUAUACAUAAAUCUGGUGGAAUUGCUAUCUCCCAAAAUUUACUUUGCAAAGGAUUAGAAAUGACAAAAAUAAGAGCAAAAUCAAUCAGAUUGGUAAUCAAUGCUGCAAUCUCGACACUAAACGUAAAUAAUAUAGAUAUAGAUUUACAAAAAUAAAACAAUAUGUUUUAUACUGUAUACAUGUAUAUACAUUGUCAUUUUUUAUAUUAUUAAAUGAAGAUACUCAAAAUAUCUGUGAUUAUCAUAUAAA